AUGGCACCCGGUCAAAAGGCAUACCCGCGCGGUACUGUCAAAAAGAUCAUCAAAGCGCAUUCGAACUGCAACUUGAGCAAGAAUGUGGACGUCAUGAUCUACCUCGACUACGUCCUACUCGUCAAGGAGGCGGCUAUCGAGUCAAAGAAGUCUGGUGAAAGAGGCAUCACGGCCCGAAGCGUCAAGAAAGUGACUUCGGACACUCUCACCAAGUUCCGAGGUUGA